ACAUUUUCCUGAAAUCAACGAAACAAAGAUGAAAGUAGCAUAUUGUUUAAUUGUAGCUUUGGUCUGCUGGACAGCGUCCGCAGCCGGUCCAGAACGGGACAGAGUACAUCAAAAGAUCGCAGAAUGCCAAAAGGAAUUAGGUUCAACCGUAGACGAACUUGAUAACGUUAAACUAGGAGUUACAACCCCUGAAACCGGUAAGCAAGUUCUUUGUGUUCAUCGUAAAUUAGGAAUCAUGGAUCAGAAUGGAGACAUUGUUCCUGCUGAGUACAAGAAACACAUUGAAGCUAUUACCGAUGACAAGGGUCGUCUGACAGAGUUUCAAGGAUGCAGCACACCUCAAGGAGAAAAUGCCGAAGUUAAAGCUAUUAAUUUUGACAAAUGUUUCCAAAAUGUCUUACAAAGCAUGGGUCGUGAUUGAUUUAUCUAAAAAAUAAUUUGUUAUAGAUAUAAGCAUUAUUAUGUAAAAUAUAUACAUUUCGUUU